CAUGAGGACUAUUUUGGGUCUUCUCUCCAAAAUCUACAGUAUAUUAGUCAGCUGAUGAUAUUCAAAGCUCAUCAUCAAUGGCGGCCUCCUCUUCCAUUUUCUUAGUUUAUUUCUUUCUACCCUUAUUUUCCACAGCAACCCUCCACAGUUCUUCUCUUUAUAGAUCCCAACUCAUCACUCAGCAAGAAUCUUUACCCAAAAGUGCCACCCCCAUAACUUUUUUUGAAGUCACAAAACCUAUAAAAUUACCCAAAACCAAACCUUGUUCAUACCUAAUUCUUGAACAUGAUUUUGGUUCCACUUACAGAAAACCCCCAAUUCUUGCUAAUUACACACCCCCUUUAAAUUGCCCAUCUCAGAAAUUUUCCAAGAUUGUGCUGGAAUGGAGAGCAACUUGUAAAGGUAGGCAAUUUGAUAGAAUUUUUGGUGUUUGGGUUAGUGGGGUUGAGAUUUUCAGAAGCUGCACUGCUGAACCAACUAAAAAUGGGAUCUUUUGGACUGUCCAGAAGGACAUUACUAGAUAUUCUUCUUUGCUUUUGAAAAAUCAAAUCUUUGCUGUUUAUUUAGGGAAUAUUGUUGAUAGUACAUAUACAGGUGUGUACCAUGUGGAAAUUUUUGUUCAUUUUUAUCCUGCUGAAGUGAAAUUGGGUAAAUUUGAUUCUGGGGCUGAUUUGAUUGUUCCCAUUUCAAGAAAUAUGCAUUUGAAUGAUGGGUUGUGGUUUGAGAUUGAAAAUUCAACAGAUGUACAGUCGAAGGAUUUCAAGAUUCCCCCAAAUGUGUAUAGGGCUGUAUUGGAAGUUUAUGUUUCAUUUCAUGAGAAUGAUGAGUCUUGGUAUGGGAAUCCACCUAAUGAGUAUAUCAGUUCGAAUAAUCUUACUAUCGCGGGGAAUGGAGCUUUCAGGGAGGUGGUGGUUAGUUUGGAUGAAAUGGUAGUUGGUGUAGUUUGGCCUUUUACUGUGAUCUAUACUGGGGGUGUUAAUCCCCUCUUUUGGAGACCGAUUAGUGGAAUUGGAUCGUUCGAUCUUCCUUCUUAUGACAUUGAAUUUACCCCGUUGUUAGGAAAGAUUUUAGAUGGAAAUAGUCAUAAGAUUUCAUUUAGAGUCACGGAUGCUCUGAACGUGUGGUAUGUUGAUGCAAAUUUGCAUCUUUGGUUGGACGGGAAAAGUAAGAAAACGGAAGGGAAGUUGUUGAGAUACAGCUUAUUGCCCCUUUCUUUAUCAGUGCUGACCAAUUUUACAGGUUUUGAUGGAUCCUUUAUCACAAACGCUAGUAGGUCCAUCACAUUGACCGGAAUGGUGAAGUCAUCUUAUGGAACAAUCACUACUAAGUCGUCUCAAAGUUUAAGUUAUAGCAACUAUAUGGUAAUGGGGAAUGAAGGGAACUUGCAAAUAGUGGAUCAGAUAAUCGAAUUCAAUGAUACUGUUUAUGCCACGACGCCAUCUUCUUCUGUUCACUCGCUUGAGUCCUUCAAAAAGUAUCUGUUCAAGUGGUAUUCUGACAAUGUAGAUCAAGGAAACCAAAGUUAUGCCUCGAUAUCAAACUUGACAUUGGGAUUAGAGGACAAGAGGGUAAAGGCUUCCAAGUACGGAUCCUCGACCAGCUCUGUUAAUAAUUUGCAAAAAGCGCAGGGCAAUAUGCUUGUAAAAGGCCAGUUAGUAGUAAAAGGACUUGGGAGUACCCAACAAGUAUAUAAAUAUAACGAUGAUUUGUACUGCUACUCCAGGAACAUAAGCAGCUCAAAUUACACGAUACUUUACGAUAAGGUAAGCAAUAGCUGCAGCAAGAGUACUUGGUCUCGUUUGCCUUUGAAGAUUGGCAAAAGGCUGUCUCUUCCUAGUUGAAGAGUCUUUUUUGCAAUCUCAUCUUGACUUUUCCGAAUUCCACUGUCUUUCACUCAUUUGCUGCUGGAGCUACUCUAUGUGGUCGAAGUAGGCAACUGUUCAUGGUCUUCUUUUUUUUAUUCAAAUGCACCACUCAGUGCCUCUUGUAUUCUUGGACUCGUUAACUUUGUUGAUAUAUGUUGUUUUGCUAAAUGAAUUGUCUCUGAAACUUG